AAACUACCUAGAAAGUAGAAACACACUUCAAGGGUUCAAACUUUAAACCCUUAAUCAAACCACUCCUAGUAUUUUGCUUCCCGUACUAUUGAACAGAAUCUCCGGCUGGUCUUCUAAGCGCCGGCGCUGCAGUCGUCCCUUCGUGAUAAAACUUCUACAAACCCUACUUCGACAAAUUGGCGAUAUUUAGAAACAUUUGAUUUUACUGAGAAUAAUCAACUACAAUUAUUCAGCACGAAUCCAAAUAUGCUGCAAAGCAAGUCCUUCUUCAAGAAGACCAAGGGAGGCAAAGUUCUCAAGGUAGUUCGAGAACAUUAUUUAAGAGAUGAUAUUUAUUGUGGAGCUUCUAUUUGUAAAACUUGUGAUUCUUCAGUUGCUCGGUUAAGUUCCGAUGCUUCGACUAUCCUUAUUGUUGAUACCAAUGUUGUUCUAAAUCAGAUUGAUUUGCUUGAAAAUCCUGCAAUUAAUGAAGUGGUGGUUUUGUCGGUGGUGCUGGAUGAGGUUAAGAAUAAGAAUCUUUCUGUUUACAAUAGGCUUAGAACUCUUUGCAGCAAUUCUCAAAGAAAGUUCUUUGUUUUCUCUAAUGAGCAUCACAAGGAGACCUACGUCACAACUAUGGUUGGUGAAAGUCCAAAUGAUCGAAAUGAUAGAGCAAUUCGUGUGGCAACUCAAUGGUAUCAAAGACAUCUUGGCUCUGCUGUACGAGUCUUACUAAUUACUAAUGAUAGGGAAAACAAAAGGAAGGCAAAGGAGGAAGGAAUUUUGGCAGAAACAGUUGAGUCAUAUGUCAAAUCAUUGGAUCAACCAGCAUUGCUUGAUCUGGUUGUUCAGCCUGCAUCUGAGGAUGUGGUGAUGAAUGAUGUUGAAGACUUGAGACCUUCCAAGAGGAAAGUAAUCUACAACGAGCACAAACCUAUGUCUGAGAUCACUGCUGGUUUACAUCAUGGAAUUUACCACCAAGGAAAACUCCGUGUUAAUCGUUAUAAUCCAUUUGAAGCUUAUGUUGGAAGUGAGAGCAUUGGAGAUGAAAUAGUGAUACAUGGGCGGACGAACAUGAAUAGGGCUUUUGAUGGCGAUAUAGUGGUUGUGGAACUUUUGCCUCAAGAUCAGUGGCAUGCUGAGAAGUCUAGAAUUGUGGAUGAAGAUGAGGAGGAGGAUGACAAGGUACACCUUGUUCCAAGUAGUGCUGAUGAUGCUCCUAAAAGUACAAAAUUUCACAACUCCACUGCAGAUGCAACAUCAUCUAGCCGCCCAUCUGGAUGUGUUGUGGGUAUUAUAAAACGGAACUGGCACUCUUAUUGUGGAUCUCUAGAGCCAAUGCCAUUGCCUGCUGGUAGUGGUGGCAUUGCCCAUGCAUUAUUUGUUUCAAAAGAUCGCAGAAUACCAAAAAUUCGCAUCCAAACUCGGCAACUAGGAAACCUUAUGGAUAAGAGAAUUAUUGUGGCUGUUGACUCUUGGGAUCGUUUAUCUCGCUAUCCCUCUGGCCACUAUGUUCGAACCAUUGGAGAAAUUGGCGAUAGGGAUACUGAAAGUGAGGUCGUAUUAAUAGAGAAUGAUAUAAACUCUCGACCAUUUUCUUCACAAGUAUUGGCUUGCUUGCCACCAUUACCAUGGUCUGUGUCUCCUGAGCAUUUAUCCGAUCCCAAUAGAGAGGACCUAAGACAUUUGCGAAUUUUUAGUGUUGAUCCCCCAGGUUGUCGAGAUAUUGAUGAUGCACUUCAUUGCACACCUCUUCCAAAUGGAAACUAUGAACUUGGAGUCCAUAUAGCUGAUGUGACUAAUUUUGUCCACCCUGGAACUCCUCUUGAUGACGAGGCUUCACAGAGAGGGACGUCAGUUUAUCUUGUGGAGCGGCGUAUUGACAUGCUCCCAAAGCCUUUAACGGAAGAUAUUUGCUCUCUCAGAUCGGAUGUUGAGAGGCUGGCAUUCUCUGUUAUUUGGGAAAUGACGCCGCAAGCAGACAUUAUAUCUUCUAGGUUUACAAAAAGUGUCAUCAAAUCAUGUGCAGCAUUGUCUUAUGUCGAGGCUCAAGCGAGGAUGGAUGAUAGUCGACUUGUUGAUCCAUUAACAACCGAUUUAAGAAAUAUGAAUGCCUUAGCCAAGAUAAUGCGACAAAGGCGUAUUGAUAGAGGAGCUUUAACUCUUGCUUCUGCUGAGGUCAAGUUCCAGAUUGAUACUGAAACCCAUGAUCCUCUUGAUAUUGGAAUGUAUCAAAUUCGAGAAGCUAACCAAAUGGUUGAAGAGUUUAUGCUUGCUGCAAAUAUUUCUGUUGCUGAAAAGAUAUUGAAACAUUAUCCCUUCUUUUCGUUAUUAAGACGUCAUCCUACUCCAACAAGAGAGAUGCUUGAGCCUUUGCUACGCACUGCUGCAGCAAUCGGGCUGGAUUUGGAUGUCUCAUCGUCAAAGGCUCUUGCUGAUUCACUUGAUCGGGCAGUGGGGAGUGAUCCUUAUUUCAACAAAUUGAUCCGAAUUUUGGCAACAAGAUGUAUGACACAGGCCGUGUAUUUCUGUAGUGGAGAUCUCAGCCCUCCAGAGUAUGUUCAUUAUGGUCUUGCUGCACCUUUGUACACCCAUUUUACUUCUCCUAUUAGGAGAUAUGCAGAUGUGAUAGUACACAGGUUACUAGCUGCUUCACUGGGAAUAUCCAAACUUCCAGCAGUAUUCCAGGAUAGGCCUCAACUUACUAGUAUUGCUGACAAUCUUAAUUAUCGACAUAGAAAUGCUCAAAUGGCUGGUCGGGCCUCAGUGGAACUCCAUACACUUAUUUACUUCAGGAAACGGCCCACUGAUACAGAGGCUAGAAUAGUGAAGAUAAGAUCCAACGGAUUUAUUGUCUUUGUGCCCAAAUAUGGUAUUGAAGGCCCUGUUUAUUUAACACAAAGAGGCGACAACGAUAGCGGAGAAUGGAUAGUAGAUGAGCAACAUCAACAGGUUAAGAAGGCCGAUGGUAGCAAUUGUUACAGUGUUUUGCAGACAGUUAAGAUUCAUUUAGAGGUUGUUGAACCACAGCCAAACAGGCCUAAACUUCAACUCACUCUCACUGAAUAAUUGUCAUUUGUCAAUCCAGUUUUUUUUGUUAGUCAAAACUUGAUGCAUAUAGAUGUGUCUUUUUUUUUGGCCGAGAGUUUUUGUCCUGUAAUGGCUCAAUGUGACUUCAACCAAUAGUUAGAUUAUUUUUUUUUCCUUUUUUCCUCUAGAUAUUCUAUAAAUGUAAUUUAUGUGUAUUGUUGAGUUGAGUUUUGUCCAAUUGAUUACUAUUAUAUCGCUUGGUCAUUUUUGUGUUC